CCAUGUAUGUUAAAAGAUUGGCCUCAGGAAACGAAACCGUAUAAUAUAGUGGAAACGGCGACGUGUGUCUUCGUCGUCUUCAAGUUUGACUGGUUAAUCGGUAAACCGAGGCUGAUUGUGCGACGGUGACGGCAAAUCCAGUGAGUGAGUUCCUUUGAUUAUCGCUGCAUUAACUGGGAACCCUAAACAUUGAGUUAAUAAUCGUGUGUUUCUGGGAAAGCAGCUACAGAGAGAGACAUGUCAAGGUUUCGAUCAUUGUUGCAAGCCUCUGUAAAUGCGACAAAGAAGGGUAGUGCUAGUUUCUGACUUAUUUUCACCAAUCUGCAAACUGUUAGCUCUUACGUGGAACGUUGAAGAAUGGGUACCUCCUGCAGAGAAGCAUAUAUUUAAGUUUCACUCAAAAGAAGACUUGAAGAAAUGGCAUCUCUACUCCGAUUCUGAAUAUGGAGGAUUAUCUUCUGCUUCCUUGGAGAUUCCAGAUAAAGGAGAUGGAUCAGAUUGCACCGGGAUUUUCUCGGGGAACCUAUCCGUUGACCUUAGCGAAGGAUCAAAAUGGAACAUCAGUCGGAGUGGUUUCUGUGGAAUGCGCUCAAAGAAGUUUGAUGGCUUCAUUGAUCUCGAUGGGUAUGAUGCAAUAGCCCUCAGGCUCAAAGGAGAUGGAAGAUGUUAUAUCUCUACUAUCUACACCGAAAACUGGGUGAACUCACCAGGGCAAGCAGAAGAUAACUCGUGGCAAGUUUUUGUUUUUGCUCCAAAGGACAAUUGGUAUAUUGCUAAGAUCCCUCUAUCUCGAUACUUGCCAACAUGGAGAGGAAAUGUUAUAGAUGUGGAAAUGGAGAUGAAUCCAGGUCGCGUUCUAGGUAUGUCACUGUCAGUAAACGCAGAAGGUGGUGCGGUUGGAGCUAAAUCAGGAGCAGGUGAUUUCCGAGUAGAAAUCGACUGGAUCAAAGCGUUGAGAUUGCCAUGAGUUGAACAUUGUAGCAAUGCAUGGUGUUUUUAUUGUUCUUGGUUUUAGCUUGUAAAAACCAGG